AUGGGAGUGCUCAUGUCAAAGAAGCAGCAGGUGGAGAAGGUGCAGAAAUGCACCGCCGUCGUCUCUGCCUUCCAGGCCGGCAUCAAGGACCGCCCUCCUACGACUAAACCGGCAGAUGGAGAAGAGGAGGAAAGCGACGGCCCUGCCAGAACCUCAGCAAAUCCUGAGGAGAAGAAUAAAGACGAGGCAGACAAGGAGGAGAUGGAGGGCAACGCAGCGCCGUCGACCUCCCGCCAGGCCUCGCUUCAGACGAGGGACGAGUGCAAGGUCAACCAAGAGGCUUGGUCCAGGUUACGCGACGGGAAGGGAGUGGAGCCCGAAGAUCUCGACAAGACCCAUCAGCUCACGCCGCCUGCCUUCGUCCGGCCUAAACGGGAAGCUGACGAUGACCAGCCGGUAGAGGUGGAGCUGGAAAAGAAAGAACAGCCACCACGAGACGAGAUGUGUGACGUGUGUGAGGUGUGGACGGCCGACGACCUGUUCCCCUGCAGGAUCUGCACGCGCGUCUUUCACGACGGCUGCCUGAGGGAGUUGGGCUACCUGCGCGCCGAGGCCCUGCAGGAGAUGAGAGACACGGCCCACACGGUUCCAGGCUGGAGCUGCUACUAUUGUGAUAAUCUGAAUCUACUGUUAACAGAGGAGGAGAUGUACAGCCUGAUGGAGACCUUCAAACAGUGCAAGAUCAUCCCCGAGUCGUGUCUGGUGUCGGAUGAGCUGCUCCAGUACCGCCACUUUGUCUCCAAGCUGCAGUUUGAUAAGGACCUGACCGACGAACAGGAGGAGGAAGUCCUGGGCCAGUUUGCGGCGCUGGAUCCUGAGAAGAAGGGUCACAUCGAGUGGUCGGACUUCCUCUACUUUGAGUCCCUCGCGAUGCUGAGGAAGUUCCGCACAGAGAACUCAAUGGUGCGCCUGUUGACCGCCAAGGAGAGAGAUAAAGCCCGGUCUGUGUUCCUGGGUCUGCAUCUGGAUAAAGACGGCAUGAUCACACGGGCAGAAUGUCGCCAGGCUCAGCAGUCCUGGUUCCACAACCUGAACAAGGACUCACAGUCCUGCAACGUGAGGUGAGCAGACCGACGACACGAGGGUCCACCAAAUCCUGUCCUUUGUCCAAGAGUGGACGAUGUAAAUGUAAAUGGAGAUAAAAAGGGAAACAGUCAAACAGGCAGGAGCUCAUCAGUAGGCUAACGGUGUCUUAUUUAAGAGAAAAGAUUUGGCUUCUCAGGGAACAGAGGUUUUUUUUAAAAAGAAAAGACAGACAAGACAUCAAGCUGUGUACUUUUCUCAACUUCUCCCUCCUGUUGCCACAGUAACACAGAUAGGUUUUGUAAGAUUUUGUAAAAGAAAUGUCUGUUAGAUUCAAAUCAUGUUACUAUUGUCACUGGUUGACAAUCCUGUGCCGCACACAGGAAGUGAUGUGUUUUAUGUAACGCCAGAUGAGGCAACAGCAUCAUUGCGCGA